UUGUUCAAUUUGUUUAUGCAAAGUCAAAAGAAAGGCAACCCGGAAGCUACGCACCGCACCCUUUCUAGAUUCGAUACCCUGCCGUGUGGUGCUCAACUUGACAGCAACAACAUAUCCACCUUUCAAUCUUUACCGUACACGUGUCGCACUAUCAAUCGAUUUCUUCUGAUUCCUACGUCACUUUUAUUUUUCUAUCCGAGACCGCCUCUUCUUUUUCAUCCUAUAAAUCAACCCCAAUUUUCAUUCAGUUUCAUCCACAACGAUCUUCUCAAUCUUCAUCUGUUCUUGUUUGUCUUCAAUUCUCUCAAGAUGCAAAUCUUCGUUAAGACCCUCACCGGUAAGACCAUCACCCUAGAGGUCGAAAGCUCCGACACCAUCGACAACGUGAAAGCCAAAAUCCAAGACAAGGAAGGCAUCCCCCCAGACCAGCAGAGGCUUAUCUUCGCCGGAAAGCAGCUUGAAGACGGCCGUACCCUUGCCGACUACAACAUCCAGAAAGAGUCAACCCUCCAUCUUGUUCUUAGGCUAAGGGGAGGUAUGCAGAUCUUCGUCAAGACCCUCACCGGAAAGACCAUCACCCUCGAGGUCGAGAGCUCCGACACAAUCGACAACGUGAAAGCAAAAAUCCAGGACAAGGAAGGUAUUCCACCAGACCAGCAGAGAUUGAUCUUCGCCGGAAAGCAGCUCGAGGACGGCCGUACCCUCGCUGACUACAACAUCCAGAAGGAAUCCACCCUUCAUCUUGUCCUCCGUCUCAGGGGAGGGAUGCAGAUCUUCGUGAAGACCCUCACCGGAAAGACCAUCACCCUUGAAGUUGAAAGCUCCGACACCAUCGACAACGUGAAAGCCAAAAUCCAAGAUAAGGAAGGCAUCCCUCCAGACCAGCAGAGGUUGAUCUUCGCCGGAAAGCAGCUUGAAGACGGCCGUACUCUCGCCGACUACAACAUCCAGAAGGAAUCGACCCUCCAUCUUGUCCUCCGUCUCAGGGGAGGCAUGCAGAUCUUCGUGAAGACCCUCACCGGAAAGACAAUCACUCUGGAGGUUGAGAGCUCCGACACCAUCGACAACGUGAAGGCUAAGAUCCAAGAUAAGGAGGGAAUACCACCUGACCAACAGAGGUUGAUCUUCGCCGGAAAGCAACUGGAGGACGGCCGUACUCUUGCUGAUUACAACAUUCAGAAGGAAUCAACUCUCCAUUUGGUUCUUCGUUUGAGAGGUGGUAUGCAGAUUUUUGUCAAGACUUUGACUGGGAAGACGAUAACAUUGGAGGUGGAAAGCUCUGACACCAUUGACAAUGUGAAGGCGAAAAUUCAGGAUAAGGAAGGUAUCCCACCGGAUCAGCAGAGGCUGAUCUUCGCCGGAAAGCAGCUUGAGGAUGGCCGGACCCUUGCUGACUAUAACAUUCAGAAGGAGUCAACCCUCCACCUUGUUCUUCGUCUACGUGGAGGAAAUUGAAACUUUUGUGUUUGGGAUGUGUGAGAUUUCAUGGAUGGUUUUAAGUGUUUGAUUGAUGGUAUGGUUUGAAAUGGUACUGGUUUCGUUUAAUAAAUAAGAAUAAUGAACUCAUUUGGUGAAUAA